AUGGGGCCAAAACAAUAUUCAAUAAGAGAGAAGAUUCAUGUAGUACAGAAGCAUCACCAGGUCUUGAAAGAUUAUGAAAAAGAUAUAUUCAAGACAGAAGAAACAGAUUACAAGAUAUAUUAUAAUACUGAAGAGAAUUCAACAAAAGAAGAGGGAACAGGAGAAGAAGCUAAAACAAGUCAGCUGCAGCAUUCUAUUGCUGCAUGUAAGCAGGCCCAGUUCCAACAAAUGAUAGUCAAGCUUGAGAUCAAGAUUAUGAACCAUGAUUAUAAUUAUCUUGCUGUAAAUCUGAUUAAAGAUAACAACAGUUUACCUACUCCAGAGAAGAUAGAGAAAGAUGAUUUUGAGAUUGUAAUGUUCUCUGAUAAGAAUAAUAAGAAAAAUAGUAAGGAGAAUAAUAAUUAA